CAAGAUCACUGCCACGCGUGUACUCACCUCAGUAUCAAUCAACACCAUACCAAUCACUACAGAGACUGUAAUAUGGCUGAAGACAACCCCGACGUGCCCGCGGGGAAGAAGAGGUUCAUUCCUCUGGAGAACAACCCAGAAGUAAUGUCCGCGCUCGUUCACAAGCUUGGCCUCUCGGAGAAGCUCGCAUUCCAUGACGUGUUCAGCAUCGACGAGCCCGAACUGCUCGCCUUCGUGCCUCGGCCCGCUCAUGCCCUCCUUCUUGUCUUCCCAGUGAGCGAGACAUAUGAGAAGUUCCGUCGCCAGGAAGACGCAGACAAGCCCGAGUACAAGGGUCACGGUGACGGGGAAGAGGUGGUUUGGUACAAACAAACAAUUGCAAACGCUUGUGGUUUGAUCGGACUGCUUCACGGCGUGUCAAACGGAACAGCGCGGGCGAACAUCCAGCCCGACUCGGACUUGGCGAAGCUCGUCCAAGACGCUAUCCCGCUGAAGCCGGCCGAGCGAGCCGACCUGCUUUACGAGUCGGAAGCUCUCGAGAGUGCCCACCAAAGUGCCGCCGCUGGCGGCGACACAAGUGCCCCAGCCGCUGAGGAUCAUGUCGAUCUUCACUACGUCUGCUUCGUCAAGUCAGGAGACAACAACCUGUGGGAGUUGGAUGGAAGAAGGAAAGGUCCUCUCAACCGUGGCAAACUCUCGGCGGACGAGGAUGUGCUCAGCGAAAAGGCUCUCGACUUGGGCGUACGCAGCUUUCUUAAGCGCGAAUCAGAGGCUGGAGGCGGCGAUCUUCGCUUCAGUCUCAUCACGCUCGCCGAAUCGCUGGAUUAAGCUUCCAGAAAUAAGACACUUCGCGACACACAUGAGUGCAAGGUAUGCUACCGAUCGUCUCAUCAAGCAUUCUAUCAACCGUUCCAACAAGCUCUAGCCUCAAACUUCUGUGAGCUCGAAUUCGACAAAGAUGGAGCGUCAGACCGAGUAUUCGAUUACUAUGGCCAAGCCGUGUUGUAUCAGAUCGGGGUAAGGAAAGCGGCCCACGUCGUAAAGGGUCUGCGAGACGACAAGAGACUAGACAGCUUGCAGGACGGAGAGGCAGUAGCUUACCCCCUCGCAACCUGUAUGGCGCAGAGUUGCGGGCUCGAAGACAAGGGUAUGGUGGAGACCGAGCACUUCCUGGACAAAACAUUGCUAGAAAAAAUCGAGGAUCAUGUCUCAG